AUGGAAGCUGUGCGGGUGGCCGAGGGUGGGCGGGUUGAAGUGGUGGAGGGCGCUCCCGUGCCGGUACUUGGCCCAGACGAGGUCCUAGUGCGUGUGCGCGCUGUCGGCAUCUGCGGCACCGACCUCGAAAUAUGCCACGGGACGAUGGGCUACUACACCCAGGGCCGCGCCCGCUACCCCAUCGUACCCGGCCACGAGUGGGCCGGCCAGGUCGUGGCCCUGGGCACCACCUCCACCACCGGCGGCGGCCACGUCGACCACCACAUUAAAGUCGGCGACCACGUGGUCGGCGAGACCUGUCUGCCCUGCUGGCGCUGCGACGACUGCGUCGGCAACAACUACCACCGCUGCGCCCAGCGGCGCGAGACUGGGAUCAUGAACAAGGACGGGGCCUUUGCCCAGUACCUCGCCUUUCCGGCCCGCAGUCUGCACGUGGUCGACCGGCGCGUGCCGUUCGAGACCGCGUGCGUGAUCGAGCCGCUCACGGUCGCCGUGCGUGCGGUCAAAAUGGGUGUGCGGCCGGGCGACACGGUGGUGGUGAUCGGCGACGGCAGCAUCGGCCUCCUCGUGCUCCUCGCGGCCCGGGCCUACGGCGCCCACGCCGUGCUCGUCGCCGGCACCACUCCCAACCGCCUCGCCAAGGCCCGCGAGCUCGGCGCCGACGCCACCUUUGACUUUUCGUCGACCUCGACAUCGGCGUCGGCGUCGGAAACCGUGUCGGCGUCGGCGUCGGCGUCGGAAAGGUCGCCAGCGGAUUCGUUCAGGCGGGCGGUGAUGGCGCUGGGCGGCCGGGGCCGACUGGCCGACGUGGUGAUCGAAGCCGCGGGCCAGCCGGCGGCGUUUGAGUCGGCGCUGGCGGCGGUCAAGGACGGAGGGCGGGUCACGGUGCUGGGCGUGUUCGGUGGCCAGCGGGCCAGCGUCGACCUGGACCAGGUCGUGCUGCGCGACCUGUCGAUUCGGGGCACGGUGGGCAGCCCCGGCGUGUGGCCGGAGACCGUGGCGCUGGUCGAGAGCGGCCAGAUCGCGGCCGAUGCGAUCAUCACCCACCGGUUCGAAGGCCUCGGCCGCUUCCCCGACGCUAUGGCCAUGGUGCAAGCCCGCGCCGACAACGUGAUCAAGGCCGUUCUGUGCCCGUUCCCAUCUACCGAUGAGACGGUGUGA